AUGGGUUUACCAGAUGAAACAUCAUCUGAAAAUGGUCGAUCAAUAGAACAUGCAUAUAAAAACUUAAAAAAACUUCAAGCAAAGGCUCGUAAAAGUAAUGAAUCUCGACAAUCAAUUGAUCCUAAACCUGUAUCAGCUUCAACAAAAGAAUCAGCAAUAAAAUCUUCCACAAUAUCUAAUUGUAAAGUAGCAAAUAAAAUAAAACCAUCAAAUAUACUUUCUUCAAGUACAUCGGAAUCUGAAACUGAAACAUUUGAUAAUGAAUCAACAAAUUCUUCAUCAUCAAAUUAUAAUAAAAAUAAAAUAAAAACUUCUUCAUCAACAAUACCAAAAAACAAACUAAUCAAACAUCAAUAUCAACAAAUAAUAAUAAAGAACGAUCAGAAACAUUAUAAUAGAUGA